AUGAUGAAUUACUAGCUGGCCUUAUGACCGUCGAAACCAGCCGAAAAGCUGCUAUAAAGAGGGUGGUGGGGCUGGCUGCAAACCUAAAAAGCAACGUCACGGGCGAAUUCCUGGAGUUCGUGAGAGUGGCAGAUGAAUCUCUCAGGAACCUACGGCGUUACUUCGAUGCUGGUAAAGUCCUGUUUGACAUGAAUAAAGGAAUAUUGAAUCCUGGAGAUCCAGGUUUCAUUGCGAAAACUGAGCUUCUGCGAAAUGCAACAUUCUUGAAAGAUGAACUGCAUAGGUUGGCCGCCACCUACAAAACUUUAGAGGCUCGAAUUGUGGAUUUACCUAGAGAACAUUAUGAAAUGAUGCGGCCAGUGAUCCUAAGUAUUAAGCUGAGUGAACAGGCACUUAUUCCGCUGGGGAAAAAAUUUCAAGUUGAUAUGGAUGGUAUCAAACCAAGACCGAGGACCGAUACGACUUAAAAUUCACCUUUUAACACUCGACGAAAA